AUGGUCACGCACAAGGACAUAACCAAAGACCAGAAUGAUAAAUUGCUGCACAGGUUGGCCAAAAAAGAGUGCCUGAAGGAGCUGGCGGCACUCAGGGCCUCCAACCCGGACCCCCCCAUGGUGUCCGAGCUGGACCUUCGGCAGGAGGAUGAUGGGGAGGAGUGCGCCCGGCCAGCCUGUGUACGCAGGGUGGACGACCUCCUCGCAGAGGUGGCGAGGCUGAAGAGCAAAGUGGCGGAGCUCCGUGGCGCUGGGGAGGAAGAGGCGGGACCCUCAACCCGCCAGGCGAGGAGGAGGCCGCGUCUCCGUGCAGCGCGUCCGGCUCCUCCACCAUGA